ACGACGGCGUUUCUCCCUCCAUCAAUCUCAGUGUCUCACAGUCUCACAAGUCACAAGCAAUGAAAUUGUAGAGAGAGAAAGACAGAGGAGAGAGAUAUCGAGAGAGAAGUUAGGGUUUCAGCUCGGGUUUCACGAUGGAAGGUCUCAUCAUUCUCGAUACGGACAACGGCGGCGCCGGAGAUAACAAGGCAAAAGGUGAGAAAAUUGCUAAGGGGUUGUCGAUUGGAAGUAACUCACGGAAGAGGCUUGCUGAUAUUAGCAACUUGCAGCCGCAGCAACUGAAACCAUCGAUUCAACAGGUGAAGCAGCAAUUUGAUUCAGAUACAAAUAAAGAGUAUAUUGACAAUCUUCAGAAGGAAAAUAGGACAUUGAUGAAACUUCUUACUGACAGAAACAAAAUCAUAGAAUUGAGCAGAGUAGAGAUACAGAACUUGAGAAUCAAUCUGCAGAAAGUACAACUUCAGAAUUUACAACUCGCCCAAGCAAAUAGCCAGAUCUUAGGGGAACUCAGUUCAGGUAAAGAUAAGCUAAAGGCACUUCAACAUGAAAUCGGGUGCAAAAAUGGUUUGCUCAAACUGAGAAAACUGGAGGCUGAGGAGAAACCCAAAAGAGUAACGUGCCAAAGUACAGAAAAUCAGGUAGAAGGUUUAACUAAGUGUGUUGAAGCGGGGGAGUCCUUGCAAGCAGAUAAGAAGGAUGGUCCUUGUAAUACCCAAAGGGAUCGACAUCCAAAAAAUCCACUUGUGGCUUCUCAUACUGUUGAAGCAGUCGAAGUUAAAGAGAAGGCUGAUAAUAAAAGAGGCUUGAGAAGGCAGUCUGCAAGGUUUAAAACUGAAGAACACGAAGCAACUGAAGAAAUGCCUGAGACCAAUGGUUGCAAAAUUCCCGUCUCUCCUCUUUGCAAUAAUGUGGUUCAUAAAAGUGUGACGACAUUUUCAUCAGCAGAAAAAGAGGCUCCUGCUAUUGAAGCAGUCCAAGCUAACAAGAAGGCUUACCACAAAAGACAUUUUAAAAGACAGUCUGCAAAGUUAAAAACUGAAGAACAGGAAGCUACUGAAGAAAUGUUUGAGACCAAUGGUGACAAAAUUCCUGUCUCUCUUCUACGUGACAACGUGGUUCAUGCAAGUGAGACGAUAUGUCCAUUAGGAGGAAAAGACGAUUCUACGAGUGCAGCAGUCCAAGCUAAAGAGAAGGCUUACAACAAUAGGCGUUUUACGAGGCAGUCUGCAAAGUUAAAAACCGAAGUACAGGCAGCACCUGAAGUGUUUGGUACCAAUGGUGAAAAGUUUCACGUCUCUCAUCUAUGUCAUAAUGUGGUUCAUGAAAGUGCUCCGACAUGCUCAGUGUUGGAAACAGAGGAUCCUAUUACUGCAGCAGUCCAAGCCAAAGAGAAGGCUGACAACAAAAGGCGUUUGACUAGGCAAUCUGCAAGGUUUAAAACUGAAGAAUUGUUUGAGACCAACGAUGACACAGUCCAUGUCUCUCCUCUAAGUGACGAUGUGGUUCAUGAAAGUGGUUCAACAUGUUCUUCGGUGAAAAAGGAGGAUGAAGGAUACACUGCCCCGAGAUCUGAAGGCCAGGAAUGUCGGAGAUCAUCUGCAAGGCCACUGCGGCGAGCAACUCAGAUGAUUAAGUCAUACAAGGAAACUCCAGUUAAUGUGAAGAUGCGCAGAGAAAAUUGACAGAUGAUGGGUUAAAAUGCACAAACUUAACCUGAAAUGUGCAAUGGGGCUCGUAGCUCAAGCAGUUAAGAGCAUACUCUUGCAUCCGAGGUUCUAAGUUCAACUCCUCCUCCCUACUAUUGUAUCCAAAACUCAAGUCUCUCUCUCUCUCUCUCUCAAGGUAUUGUGAUCAUUGAAAAUAUGAUUUCUGUCGAUUUUUUUCUUCCCUUGCAGGUAAAUAUUGUACUUACUUCUUACCAGUCAUCUAAUCACAGGGGCUUAUGAUUUUUUCCCUUCUGGGUUUUUUUUUUUUUUUUUGUAUUGGCUUUUUAGCUAAAAUGGUCUUUGAGAUUUGCAUAACUCUUUACUUUGUUCCCUAAGAUUCGAAAUCAAUAGCAGUUGUCCUUGAGUUUGUACACCAUCAAUCAUUUUAGUCAUUCUAUGAAAAAUUAUGUUAAAUAAGAAGGACAAAGGUAUCCUCAACUUAAUAAACAAUGUGCAUUUGAUAGAAAUAGAGUGUUUUUUGUUAUUUUAUAUUCAUUUAAUAGAGAUUUUUCACGGAAAGACCAAAAUAAUUGAUGGGUGGACAAAUUCAGGAACAACUUUUAUCGAUUUCAAAUCUCAGGAACAACUUUUUUCAUUUUAAUUGAAAAAAAAUCUUUCGUAUAUAACCUAGAUUAAUCUUGAAUAAAUAAAUGACUAGCCCAUAUCACAUCUUCACAUGCAAAAGAGGAGACAAAAGGGGUCGAUUCUUUCUUUCUUGCAUCGUGAUCAAAUCACCCCUUUACAACGCCAAGCCGCGUUCUUGCACGAACAAAGCAGGGAAAAGGAAAGCCUAAGCAAAUGACCCAAGUUGAGGAAAAAGCUUGUUUUAUAGAGUGUUGGACAACAAACAAAUAUGCUUUAAACUUGGAAUUGUGAGUACCCUUUGACUAGAUUUUUUGUAUAUAUAAUUA